AUGAUGAUGAUGAAGAUGAAUAACAAUGAAACCUACAAGCCUGCAGUGUUUCCGUUAUUUAUUAAACCAGAACUGUUCGAAGCUUCAGAAGCUUCUUCUUCUUCUUCGUUGUUGAGUCCAAUACCAGUAAACCCAUCUGAUAAUGGACCGUUUCCCGGUGGUUUUCCGACACCGGAUGAUGAGCCCUAUCCACCAGUUCUUGAAGGAAUAGCUGCUGUUGUGGGCCGACACGUUCUGUUCGGAAGUGAUGAAUCAGUUUCGGUUUCGGUUUCACAGCGUGUCGGAGCUGAUUCGGAAGCGGAGAAGAGAAAUGGAAGCAUUUCGGUGCAGAAGAGAUACAGAGGUGUGAGGAAGAGACCGUGGGGUCGAUGGUCGGCUGAGAUACGUGAUCGAAUCGGGCGUUGUCGACACUGGCUCGGCACGUUUGACACGGCGGAAGAGGCGGCACGAGCUUAUGACUCGGCGGCUAGGAGACUGAGAGGGUCCAAGGCUCGGACUAAUUUUGUGAUCCCUUCCCUAUUGCCGGAAUCUUCUCCGGCAUCCUUGGAUAAGAACAAGUCAAAUAGUAGUAGUAAGGUUAAGUCCAGAAGUAUGGGUAACUGUAAUAGAACAUGUGUUGUGGUUAGCUCAGUAGCUCAGCUCUUCAGUUCUACUACUACUACUGCUACUACUACUUCUACUGGUAUUGGUGAAAGAAAGAAACCUUGUAAGGUAGAGUUGGAUUUGAAGCUAGGUGUGGAUUUCCUUAGCAUGACUGCAGCACAGCAGCAGCUACUAGAUGACUAG